AUGCCAUCAUCUCUCCAAUUAGACAUCCACCCGCAGCAGCCUGGUUUCCCGUGGAGUUCACGAGUCGAUCUAAUGACGUCGAUUUCCCCCCACAUCCCUCGUUUAGUUUGCCACCUGCAGAACAGCGCUGACAUGCAUCGAUGCGUUCGACACUCGCUGGAUCCAGAGCUCUGUUGUACCAUUGUUGGGUCUGUAUCCCAGCAUGGGCCCGGAAGUUGUUUGGGAUUCCCAGGUAAAGAAAAAAGAAAAAAAAAUCCGGGAGAUGCUGUCGUCGCCUGGGAAAACAAACAGCUACCCAGACAGUUGGAAAAAGGGGGAAACAGCGAUCGGUCGCCAGGUAAGGAGGAGGCCGGUGGACUUCGCCGCGGCUGCCGGUAAGACCCAUCCGUCGGUUUAGAUGUGGGAGUGCGGCAUGUUUGUGAGGAGUCGGUCGGGGUGAAUGCCAAUUGUCGUGUGGUCGGGUGCCAUAGCAACGGCUCAUGAGAAACACGGUAAAGGCGCAGGCCGGUUUUUGACGCUGCGGGAUGACAGCGGCGUUUCAUCGCACACGCAGCGGCAACUCCGUGCAACAUGUCACCGCCGCCGAUCGGUGCCGGAGCGGCGCGCGUUCCACCGAGCAGCCGAAACAAGUAGGCGCGGAUUACACGGAGAGACAUGAUAGUUGGUGCGGUCGAUGCAUGUGUGUGUCUGUGUGUCGCCCACCUCGGGCAGAGAGGGCUGUCAUGCAACAGGGUCGCUGCUGCUGCGCGUCCCCCUCCAUCUAUGUCUUUAUUUCUUUUUUUUUUUGUGCCCUGGUGAGACUGGCGCGUCUCUCGGCUGCAGCAGCGCCUGUUGCUCCCCAUGCGCGGCCAAUGCCAGGAUCUUAAUUUCCCCGUGUCUCCGCCUCCUCCACGGUCUGCUCCGUCCACUGUUGUCAUCCAUUUGUGCAAAAAAGGUGCAGCAGCGCCCAGCUGGAUCCCCUCACUCUCCUUUAGUCAACACGAGGUUCAACAUGGGAUUAAAUAAAGCCUCACACAUCACACAACAUGUCUGGAUGUCACAACUCAGCACAGCAGGUGUAGUCUCCACACCUCACUUUGUUGUCUGCUGUGGAACAAUCAUGUUGUGUGCAUCCUAUGGCUGGGCAAUAAAACAAUAUCAAUUAAUAACAAUAACAAUGAUAAUAAAAAUAAUAAUAACUUUAUUUGUAUAGCACUUUUUAAUAAAAACAACAAAGCAGGCAAAACAUCCAAUACAAUUUAAUAACAUGAGGAUGUAGUUGAAAUAAAUAAAGUGCAGGUAAAACAGCAAUAAACGUCAUGUGAUAAAAGCCUUUUUAUAAAAAAUGUGUUUAAAGAGUAGUUAAAAGAGUUUUUAAAAAAAGAGAGAAUUCCAAUGUAAUUUUCAGAAAUAGCAAUAUAACAAAAGUCCAGUAUAUAUCAAUAUAUUCUCAUGCAUUGUGGAUUCACAGUGAGGAGACACAUCACACAAUUGAUCUACGUAAGUUUUGCUAUCAGGUGUUUGUCAUUCUCUGCUUCAGAGAAGAAUUUAAAACCACAACCUUCACUUAUCGCUAUCGGCUGAACAUUUACAUCCCUGUGUCAAUGCAAUAUAUAUUAUAAUAUGCUAUUAUAGCAUUAUCAUAUAUUAUAACAUGUCUGUGGAGAUUCUCAGUCAUCCAACUCACGGUAUAUCCAAGUGCUAAAACCACAUCAACUCAACCAAGUCCAGUUGAUCUUUCUUUAGCACUUAGACAUACAUUAUAACAUACAUUUUAGAAUAUAGGACUAGAUGGUGAAUAUCAUAUAAUAUGAAUAUAUUAUAGUAUGAUAUAUAAUACACAUUGCAUGGACACAUGGGAUGGGCAAAAUAACAGGAAUACUUAAUAAACGCAAAAACUUAACAACAAAAUUCACUUUUAAAGGUGAUGCUUUGUGAAGCCAUGCAUGUAUAUUGAUGGACAAUAUGGGGUAGACAAUAAAGCUAGAAAAUAAUCUCAAGAUAAAAAAUUUAAUUUCAGUCGAUAUCGUCAAAUAUCACAAAAAUGUGUCACAUUAUUGUGAUUUUUAAUGUUAAAGGCUGAUUUUUGCUUUGAAACUCUUCUUUAUGGGCAGAAAAUGACGUUUGAUUAACAGCAAAACAUUUUACUAAUCUGAGGUGGAUCAUUAAAACCACGUGUGUUAUACCUCCUCACUGUGUUUGUACAAUACAUAAGCAGCAUAUCAAUAUAUAGAUGUAGAAUCUUCGUUAAAUUGCCAUUGAUGAAAAUUAUAUUGCUUGAAUUUGUUUUAUUGCCCAGCCCUAACAGGUGUAUUUAAUAAUAACAUAGAUCACAUCAGAAAACUGCACUCCUGAUUUUUCACAUACAAAAAUUCACCUUUGUUGGUGUUAUAUUCUAUAAAUAGAUUACUAGCGAGUUUUUUUCUAAAUCUGUAUAUAGUAAUAUUUUGUAUUUUUUACUGAUCUGCGUUCUUUUAAUGUUUAAGUGAUUUUAAUAUCAUAAUAUUGAUACUGAUUAAUAUUUUAUUUUGAGAUUUCAUCACAGCUUAAAUUAAAGGUGUAGUUUUGUGGUGGUUGUGUGGGACUGAAUUGCUUUAUAGUGUCAAGUGUUGACACUAUAAGCUAUUUUGUCCACCCCCUUCAAGUUGUAACUCCUCCUUCAACACUCAUUACCUCUCUAUAAAUGUGGAGCCUCUCAUAUUCAUGUGCAGAAGAGUCUGGUACAGAGAUAGCAGGGCCCAAUCCAAGUUCAAUCCUCAAUUAGAAGUGAACUUAUUCUUAGACACUUGGAACUGAGAGGGUCAAGCUAUCUGUGUCCGAGCCUUAUUCCUGGACAGCUGCUAAAUAUAUUUCAUAUGGCAUCUGGUGAGAGAAUGAAUGCUGACGACUGCAAUGGGAGCUCAUACGCACAGGGUAAUGGAGGUGAGUCGUCAACGGAACAGGAUUUUUAUGGCGCACUGCAGGGCCCUCCAGCGAAAUCUCCAACCAGUCAGCAGUCCUCGCCACACCGCUCCCUCAGUGCAAACUCCAUUAAGGUUGAGCUGUGCAGUGACGAUGAGUCACCAGAUGCUCCACAGCCAGAGAACAGAGAGGCUGUGAGGGUUGAUAGCGGUGGGGAUGACAGAGGGGACCCCAUGGAGGAAGGGAACGCAGAGUUCGCUGGAGCUGGAAGAGACAGAGCGAACAUUUACGGCGAGAUGGCCAGUCCCGAUGCUGCUUCACCAGGACCUAUCCGGCUCCCCAAUGGGAAGCUCCAGUGUGAGGUCUGUGGGAUGAUCUGCAUCGGACCCAAUGUGCUGAUGGUGCACAAGCGUAGCCACACAGGCGAGAGGCCGUUCCAGUGUAACCAGUGUGGGGCCUCCUUUACCCAGAAGGGGAACUUACUGCGUCACAUCAAGCUGCAUUCAGGAGAGAAGCCUUUCAAAUGUCCCACGUGUAACUAUGCUUGUCGCCGGAGAGAUGCGCUGGCUGGACAUCUGCGCACACAUACAGUCUCGUCUCCAACGGUGGGGAAACCCUUCAAGUGCAGCUUCUGUAGCCGCAGCUACAAACAACAAAACACACUGGAGGAACAUCUAGAGCGCUGCCAUAGUUACCUGAGGAGCCUGGACCACCAGACAUCCGUCAACACACAGACCACACAAGGUGAAGAGUCAGUCAAUAUGGAGAUUAUCACUAAACCUGGGCUCCAGCCAUCCAGUGAAAAAAUCCAGUUUGUAGAUAGACUGGCCAUUAGCAUCACCAAACGCAAGAGGUCAACACCACAGAAGUUUUUAGGUGAAAAGCACAUGCACCUUGACAUACCUGAAGCACCUUAUGAAUUGUCCUCUGGCUCCGAGAAAGACGGGGACCUCAUGAGCUCUCAGCCUGCCGGGCUGGCUGGUUCACGCCUCCAAGGCCACAGGGCUAAAGGUGACAACCACGAGUCGCCUACUCUGUCUCAGCUCCAUCCUGCCUUUCUGUCGGAGCUCCGCACAGUUAUGGGCUCCAUCAACAGCAACGUGACUCCUCAGGGCCCCCGAGCCCAUGGCGGAGGUGGACUGGCCGCGAUGUCCCUUGGGCUGCCUGGCCGGGAGGCAGGCGAAGGCCGUGUCGACAAACCCUCAGCGCAUAGCCAUACCACCUCACCCAAUGGCUGUCCCGACUCUACAGACACAGAGAGCACAGCAGAGGAGCAGAGCACAAGGGCUACAGCCCCAACAAGUACCUCCAACAACCACCACCUCCACUACCAAACCCCAGCACUGCCCCGCAGCCAUCCCACUUCCAGCCCCAGCCAGGCCAAAUACUUGGACCCAGAAUGGGAGAGAGCAUGUCCUGUGCCCCCACCCGUAGUAAAGAGGAGCGCUGGCUCAACCCUUUCUUCCAGGGAGACUGUGCAGGUGUUAGACAGGGACGGCAGGCCUGUGCGCUCCUUCCACUGCCAGCACUGCCGCAUCCUCUUCCUGGACCAUGUCAUGUUCACCAUCCACAUGGGUUGUCACGGCUUCCGUCAGCCCUUCGAGUGCAACAUCUGCGGCCACCUCAGCCAGGACCGCUACGAGUUCUCGUCUCACAUCAGCCGCGGAGAGCACCAGGUGGGCUGAGGGGAAGGGGGCUCGUGUGGCGGGAAGGGCGGAGAGGCAGCUACUGCUUUCUAAAGUUGUGGGCUCACGUUUGUUCUGCACCAGAUCAGUUGCUUUAAAUCCAGAGUGUAAGUAAAAAAAAAAAAAGAAACUGUUUUUUAUUGUGAGAGUAUUUAUGAAUCUAGAAAGUAGACGCAAGUGAAGAAUCUUUCCAGCGCACCAUUUAAAGUUCAGCGGGGGCUAAUUACAUGCUACGAUUGAUUGCACUCCCAUAUCAAAUCAUCCAGCAAAACUACUGGUUUUGCUUCUAAAGUGCCUUCUUGGGGGAUUUCCUCUCAACGACAAAAACUGGGGUGGUGGGACAGGUGCUCUUAAAUUUUGACUAGCCAUCUUUUCCUAAGUGAUUUAGUUAGCACCUUUGAGAGGUCAUGCACAGAGGCAUUUAAGAAAAGCAUGGUGUGUAGAUUCCGAGAAUUAUAUUUGGUAUGCACCAGGAGCUUUGUAUUUCUGGUUGAGGAGGGUGUUUUGUCUCGGGUGUCAGGUAAGCUUUAUAUGCACUGAAGAGCUUUGUGCUUCUGGGAUUGGGAGGAGCGUUUGUCACGGACGAAGCACAGAAAAGGAUUGCCUUAACUCCUACACUAGUACGCUGCUGUAGGAAUACAUAUUGUUUACAGCACGGUGUGUGAAGUCACCUCAGAAGGGAGGAUAUUGUACAGCUGCACAGUGAGAAGACUAUCAGGACAAAGGAAAAUCAUGAGGGGAAGUAAAACUUGAAAAUAUUCACCUGCAGGGUGAAAAGAGGCGUUCAGGGCUCAGAUGUAAAAUAGGUGUUUUUUUGGAUGUUAAAGCGAGCCUCAGAAAACUGGUGCAGAUCAGACCAUGAGCCAUGUGGUGUACAGCCUGACUGAGACGGCCUGGGGUGCUAUACCUACACAGGUUUGCACUUUUAGGUUCCCUGCUUAUAUAUGAGCAUCUUCGCCGAAGCACUUUGACGGCUUUACAACUUUUUUUGUUCUGUGAUUGUUUCUACUGCACUGAGAAAUCGCAUCACACUCACAAAAGCUGAUCACGUCAUUUGCAACGCCAGUGUGUUUUUAACGGAGCUGGCCUUCUACAGAGUCCCACGACAUUGCACUGGUUCCGUGAGGUCUCCACUCGAGUUUGCUGCAAUGUGAGACUAAUAAAUCAAAUCAGUUCUAACUAGAAGAAUUCUUUUUGUGGUUUUGCUCUCAGCGGUUGAGGCCGAAAGGUUUUAAAACAAUCUCCAUCAUGUAAGUGAUUUAGCAAAUGAUUUAAAAAUGAAUGAACAAAUCAGUUUGGAUCUGUUGAGUUAUCACUUGUGAUUAUCUAUUUAGUGUUGUUUGUUUCAGCCUUGUUGUAUUUAAUCAGCUAUAUUCCAAAUCUUAUCCAGCAUAUUCCUCAAGUCCAUGAAAUGUUACCUCCUGCUUCUUUAUAGCACCCAAAUACCUUAUUGCUACAGUAUGGUGAGUUAUCUGAUAAUGUUAAUAUUGGAAACACGAAUGAGACCAAACUCAGUAUUCUUACUUGUUGUUGUGGGGUUUGCUGCUUCAUAGUUUAACUUGAUUUCCUUUAAUCGCAGGCAAAGAUGUACUUGAAAGUGAUGAAGAAAAAAAGAAAUCUAAAACUGCACUUGGUUUGAUAAGUAGAGACGUGUGUGUGAAUGGAAUAUAGCAUGUGUGCUUGUCAUUUUUCUGCUUUUACCUGAACCGUGAAUUAUUUUUGAAAUGUGAAGUAAUUUCAAGAAGUGAAAAUGAGGCAUGGGUUUCUGUCUCCUGGUGUGGACUUUUCAAUGUUCUAUGAUAUUUUGUGAAUGAUGUAACAUGACAAAACACUUUACCUCAAAGUUAAAGAUGUACAACUGCCUCAUUAUUUAAAAAAAAAAAAAAGUCAUGCUCCUUUCUGAGAUGUUCUUGCAGUUACAAAUGCGUCCCCCUCGAUAUUCUCAAAACUUUUUACUGUCAAUAAAGUUACGUUUAUUGUAAAA